UUUAUCGAUUACUUUCAGCUGGUCAGCCAACAGUUUUUGUUUACUCCUCCACAAAAAGGAAACAAAUUGAAGUAGAAUCUAAAACAAAAAUAUGAAUCCUAAUCGUGCGUUGCCCCAAUCUAAGGAAGCUUUAUUGAAGUCGUAUCAAGUCAGACUUAAAGAUGACGUAAAAAGUAUGCUUGAGAAUUUUGAAGAAAUAAUUAAACUUGCUCGAGGCGAGGGAGAUUCCCAAAUCUCAAAAACAACACAAUGUGAACAAGACACAUAUGAAAUGCAAGUGCGUGCAGCGAAUAUAGUACGUGCUGGUGAAUCGUUAAUGAAAUUAGUUUCCGAUAUAAAACAAUAUCUAAUCUUAAACGAUUUUCAUUCCGUGAAUGAGGCUAUUGCCAACAACUCACAACUGUUCCGUGCUACUCAAAGAGACUGCGAUAAAAAGCUGAUGAAACUUCGCGAUGAAAUGGCAAUGGAUUUGUAUGAUCUGGAAGAAGAAUAUUACACAAGUAUAUUCAAAUAGAGCUAUGAAGAAUUUUUAAAUAAAUUAUUUUAAAACAAA